GUGUGGUAAAGCUAGAAAAAGAGUGUGGACCAGAGUGUGGAAUAGUUUGAAGGAGCUGCUCCCAAGCUGCUGAGAUCUGAUUAAAGUGAACUAGCAAUAUCCGGGGGAAUUAAAAAUGGCUUACCUGCUCAUGUUUGUCACACUCCUGCAUCUCAUCACUCUGGCUAUGCUUUUUAUUGCAACCAUGGAGAAGUCCUGGUGGGAGUGGGAUGGCAUGCAAAAUUCAGACCUCUGGUACAACUGUAGGCUUGACAACUCCACCGGAACCUGGUUGUGUGCAUCUGCUAAAGAAACAGAGUGGCUUCAGGCAGUGCAGGUCCUCAUGGUUCUUUCAGUGGUUUUCUCCUCAGUAUCCUUUUUGGUGUUCCUUGGCCAGCUGUUCACAAUGUCAAAGGGUGGACUCUUCUACUUUACUGGGCUCUGUCAAAUCUUUGCAGGUCUGACAACGUUUUCUGCAGCUCUUAUCUACACACUCCACAAUGAAGAAAUCCUUCAAGAGAAAAAACUGACUUCAGGACACUUCGGCUACUGCUUUAUCCUUGCCUGGGUGUGUGUCCCUUUGUUGCUGUGUAGCGGAGUCAUAUACAUCCACCUUCGUAAGAAAGAGUGACCAGACAAAGGAAAACAUUAUCAAUAACAGUAUUGGAAUUAAAGAAAUUACUUAAUUUGAUCAGAAAUACAAGUUUUUAUGAAAUGUGUGCUCAGGCUUUAUUAAAUUUGAGUAUGCUUCUUAUUUGUAUUGUUCAGGAAAAACAGUUCAGAUAUAACACAGAAUAUAAUCACAGAAUCCUAGAUUAGUAUUAUUUUCCCUUUCAGUUAUUAAACAUAAGAUGUUUUUAUUGUCGGCUGUUUUUACAUGUUAUAAAGGAAGGCAAACAAGGCAGCGGUGUGUUUUUUUGUUCUGUUGUGAAGGCUUUCAUAACUCAUUUGAAUUUUUCUUUCAGCAAACUGAAGAUAUAUAUAUAUUUUUGUACUAAUUGAUAAUAUGUGAAGUAUUUAUACGUCUAAUAAAAAUCUAAAAACAAUAAGUUUGAA